AUUGUAAUACAAUAAUUUACUCGUCUAUAAUGUUACAUUUUAAUUAAAAACAUCAUAAUCAUGUCCAAAAAGUACCUGUGUUCAUGACAGCCUGUCAAAAGUUUCCUGUUGUGUUAACCUCUAAUGUUAUUGGAGUAAUUGGUUAAUCCAGAUCUAGAUCAAUUUUUCUACCAACAUUAGAUAUAGCGUUCCCCACUGAUGGUGUUUUCUCCUUUGAAUAAAAACAAAUUCCCCAUCAAGAAAAUAUCCCACAAAGUGUGGGAAAGUUCUUCAAAACAGAGGAAAUCCACAAAUUUUUAUGAAAUAUAAAAGAAAUAUAGCAAAGAAUAGAUGUAAAAUGUUAAAAUUUAAAGAAUAAUUCAAGACACUACAGCCCUUCCUUCCCCUUAAUUUCAUAAUGGGUAGUAUUCCCCAAAUCCUAGAUUAUCCCCUGUUAUUGAUAGACAGCUAAAUAGCUAUCAAAGUUUUGUAACAUAUUGAAAAGAGGACAUUUGUUAACUGCUAAGUUGGCUAUGAAUAUUGCCAAAAGAAUGAAAAAGGGCAGCAAAAUUUCCAAAAACAAUUAAGAAAUAAAAAAGGAAAGGAAUUAUGAUGGGAUUUUCAUUUGUUCAGGAUUCAAUAUCCUAGUAAAAGAAUUAUUUAGGUAACUGCAUUCUUCCUUGUUUUUCUCUGGACUCUGGUUUCCUUCUAAUAUGAGACCCUUACAUGUAUUUAUAGUAGUGUAACAUGAGACGAAAAUGUAUGCAAUGGCCAUGAGAUCAAGACUGACCUCUGAACUCUAGACAGAUGCUCUAAUCAUAACUGUUUAACUUAUAUUAAUUACCUGCCCACCAGUAUUGCUUUGAUCCAAAUUGGCAAACAGGAGUCAUUAAUAUAAUUUGCCAUGGUACUCAAUGAUAUACCGGUACAUGUAUGUAUACCUACGGAAAAUGGUAUAGGAUCUUGGGUGUCUUACAGCAUGAAUUAAGACUUUUAAAGGAGGGAGGACUGCGUAGUGGAUCUUGACUGGGCUGAAGAAUUGCCAUUCUGUAUAUACAUGUCCACCUAGAGUUUGGAAUUUCUAGGCUUGAGUUCAAGAUAUAUUGCAUUGAAUUUACCAUAAUUUCUUAAUCAUUGCAAAGUAAAGAAAUGAAUUAAGUACAUUUUUUCACAAUCUAAAUUGAUUAAAACACCCCUGAGUAAGAGUCAUUCAGUCCAAUGGGAAGGCAUAUUUUUUCUUUGAGAAUAUAUAGCUGCUUUAAUUGCUUUCACUCAAACCAGGAACACCAGACUUUCUAAUCUAAUAUGAACACUACUGCUGAGAAAGGUAGCAGUGAUCAAGUAAUUACAGCAAUUCUAAAGCAUGAUGUUCAAAAUUGCACUUUCAUUAUGGUACAAACUAUUUGCACUUUCAGUAAAAUAAUGUUUAACUUUAUAAUUUACAGUUGCUCUUAUCGUUUGGAUUAAAAAUGGAUAUUUAGAGAAUGGAAGAGGAAGAAUUUGCCAAUGUUAAAGAUGAACUAGAAAAUGCCAAGAAGGGGGACACCAUUCUUCACCUUAAUUACAAAGGACUGAAAAAUCUCCCCCCAUGUCUGUUGUCGGAUAUCUGCUACAGGAAUCUCAAAACAAUAUAUGCGAAGAGGAACCUGCUGAUACGUUUGCCAGAAAACUUGAAUCAACUCUCAAGUUUAGUUGAGUUAUAUUUACCAAGUAACAAUAUCAAAGUCAUCCCUGAUGGAAUAUGUUGCCUGAAAAAACUUGAGUCCCUAAACCUUUGUGAUAAUGAGCUGACUCGGUUACCAGCUGACAUUGGCCACCUGAGAAACCUGCAGAAGCUACAAGUGUCAGUAAAUAAACUUUCAAGCCUUCCAUUAAGUAUUGGAGAUCUCUGUAACCUUAAGACAUUGGAGCUGAUGAGGAAUGACUUGUCCAUACUACCGGUCAGUUUAUGUAGGUGUGAGAAGCUGGUUACACUUAACUUGGAUUACAACAGGCUGACAGGACUUCCUCGUCAAUUCUGGCGAUUGACCAACUUGUCGGAGAUCUCCGUCUGUGGAAACAACCUGAUAAAUUUACCACAAACCUUUGCCAGUAAAGGAGUCAGUAAAUUGAGAUGCCUCUUGGUGGACAAGAACCCAGCACUCCACAUUCUUCCUCUGUCGCUGAUACACAUAGAUACUGGGAAUUUUCAAAGUUGUCGAAGGAGUGACCCACUUGGAGUGUUGCCAGGUGUGGUAGAGCUUGUGGUGCCUUAUAAGGAGAUAUUGGUUCCCAUAGUGAUGCCUCCAGAAAUCAGGAACAUCACUGCCCCUUGGGAUAGUGUACCAUCCUUACAGGAAUUGGGUCUUAGAGCAACUGGUGUAUUGAGAUCAAGGUUUUCAGAUCUUAAAGACUUUCGUGCCUUGCUGGAUUCCCUGCCGUGUACCCUGAAAUCCUUGUUAUUAGAUCCAACAGCUUUUUGUCAGUCAUGCCACCAGGAGGUGUAUGUAACAGCCCUACCGAUAGUGGUAUUGGAUCAACCCGUUUUCUAUCUAGGAUUUUGCUGUUCCAUCAAGUGUGCCGUCCAGAUUAGUUUAAUGUAUUCUACCAACUUUGGGAUGGACAUAGCGUACCCUUUAUGCAUGCCCGUCAUUUAGUCUCAUUAAAAUGGGUAAAUAAAUAGAAGAUAUGACUACUUUGGCUUGUGUAGGACAAGCAAUGAUCAAUCACACUUUGAAGCUAUUGGUGCGUUACGAUGAUAUUCCUGGCGACUAGAUUUGACAUAGGCUUAUGUGGCAGGUGUUGUUGAGGAUGUUUUUCCUUUAAACUGCUAUUUCAUGAGUUAAGCUAGUUUAAAGAAAGUAAGGUUGGACAAAGACUUCAUAUUUGAGUACGUUUCAUCAAUCUUUAGUUAGAAUUAUUAGUGUUUUCACUCUUCAAUAUUAUUUUUUGAGUGUUUUACUUGAAAAUUGUGUCUAUUCCAGGUUCCACAAUCAUGAAUUAACCCAAGUUUGAAUGUUGAAAAAAUUGUCAGUGUUACAAACACUUGUAUUUAUGAAAUAUGUGAUAUUUCCAAGAAUUUAUAUUCCAGUUUUGACAGUGAAUAUCUCUUUUACUGAUAUUUGGAAUAUGAUAAUGAUAUAAAAUAUAAACAGUUGUCUGCUCUUUUUAUUGUGUAGGUGCAAUGUAUACAUGUAUAUGUAUAGAUAUGACUUUAUUUAUUCAUGAUCUGUUUAUGUGAUAUAUAAUUUUGUGUUUGUACAUGGUACAGUGCUUUGAUGUUUCUUAUUUGAUUUCUUUUUAUAUUGCCUAAAUGCUUUAACUGUGUUAAUAUUUGUAAUUCUGUAAAAUGAAGUGUUUUGCUGCAGAGUAUUCAUAGGGUAUUAUUUUUAUAAAUCAUACCCAAGCUUGAUAUUGAGAAGACAUUAAUAAAAACAAUAGUGAUUAAUUUCUUUUGUCAGUGCCAUGUGUAAGUACUUAAUUUGUUAAAACUUUUAAUUGAUGUUAUGCAUAAGCAAUAUCAUGAAUACUAAAUACAUUGCAAAAGAAGUCUGGGUGUAAUAGUCUUAUAAUGUGUUGAGCUGGUGAGGUACUAUUACAUGAAAAAAGUCCUAAAAUUGAAAUGUCAUGUGAUUGUGUACAUUUUUAAUUGAAAUAGAAUGUCCAUCCUUCAGUGUUAUUCUCCAAUGGUACAUUUUGGUGUGAACAGACCAGCUCAAACAUUUGAUAUGAUUGUAGCGGGACUGGACUGGGUCGAUCACCGGUGACCGGGUAGCUCAAUUGGUAGAGCAUCCGGCUAGUGUUCUGAGGUCCCGGGUUCGAACCCCGGUCUGG